CUUUCAUCGUUGAAAGCGCAUCCAGCACCGCAGAGUGGGAGCGGAGCGUGGCGGGCGAGUCGAGGACGGAUAACGGGCUCCCCAGGAAGAGAUGAUGUGGGGCUCAUCACUUUUGCUGCUCCUGUUGCUGCUGAGGCGCGGGGCCCAGGGGAAGCCGUCGCCCGACUCUGGCCCUCAUGGCCACGGGAGGGUGCACCAGGAGGCCCCCCUGAGCGAGGCGCCCCAUGACGACGCCCACGGGAACUUCCAGUACGACCAUGAGGCUUUCCUGGGACGGGAAGUGGCUAAGGAAUUCGACCAGCUCAGCCCAGAGGAAAGCCAGGCCCGGCUAGGGCGGAUCGUGGACCGCAUGGACCGUGCGGGGGAUGGGGACGGCUGGGUGUCGCUGGCCGAGCUCCGCGCGUGGAUCGCGCACACGCAGCAGCGGCACAUCCGGGACUCGGUGAGCGCGGCCUGGGACACGUACGACACCGACCGCGACGGGCGUGUGGGUUGGGAGGAGCUGCGCAACGCCACCUAUGGCCACUACGCGCCCGGGGAAGAAUUCCACGACGUGGAGGACGCAGAGACCUAUAAGAAGAUGCUGGCUCGGGAUGAACGGCGUUUCCGAGUGGCCGACCAGGACGGGGACUCCAUGGCCACUCGGGAGGAGCUGACGGCCUUCCUGCACCCUGAGGAAUUUCCUCAUAUGCGGGACAUCGUGAUUGCCGAGACCCUGGAGGACCUGGACAAGGACAAAGAUGGCUACGUGCAGGUGGAGGAGUACAUCGCGGACCUAUACUCCGAGGAGCCGGGCGAGGCCGAGCCGGCCUGGGUGGAGACUGAACGCCAGCAGUUCCGAGACUUCCGGGACCUCAACAAGGACGGGCGGCUGGACGGCAGCGAGGUGGGCCACUGGGUGCUGCCGCCCUCGCAGGACCAGCCGCUCGUGGAGGCCAACCACCUGCUCCACGAGAGCGACGCCGACAAGGACGGACGCCUGAGCAAGGCCGAGAUCCUGGGGAACUGGAACAUGUUCGUGGGCAGCCAGGCCACCAACUACGGCGAGGACCUGACCCGACACCACGAUGAACUCUGAGCCCCACACCCGCGUCUGCCCUAUGCACCACGUGACCUGAGGACCUGUGGGGGGGGGGAGAGGGGAGGGGGGAGGCUCUCAGGGACCCCCCUCCACACCAGCCUCCCAUCCGGGGACACCUGGCUCUCCCUGCUGCACCCAGGCCUCUCAGAGCCUCAGAGGGCCAGUGACCCCCAGUUCCUCAGCCCAGCCCUUGGGACCCUCACCCCAACUUCCAAGAGUCCUUCCCCCACUGGCCACCGCAGCCCAAAUUUGAGCUUCAACCACACACACUGAGACCCCGUCCUGUCCCCAUCCCCUCCCCCAGGCCUCCCCCUCAGCCCCGCUCCCCUCUCCCCCCUUUGCCAGGGACCUGGCCCAGCUCCCCCUUGCCAGGGAGGGGGGUAAUAAAUCCAUCC